AUGGUGAUCGGUCCAGCAACAAAGACUUUUGGAUUUUUCAAGAUAGUCAAACAAACCAUCCAUUUACGCUGUCACGUGAAACCCAAUGUCAGCGCGUCAAGAGCAGGCGCCAUCAAGCCGUUUACAGACACAUCUCCCAUACUCGAAAUAUGUGUCCCUGAACCAGCACGAGAUAAUGAAGCAAAUGAAGGGGUCAUUGAACUUCUAGGUGAUGUAUUACUAUGUCCAAAAACAGACCUGGAGGUUAUUCGUGGAAAGAAAUCGAGGGACAAGGUUAUUGCGUAUAGAAGUUUAGAAGGUUUAUGGAUAAAUUGUGCUAUUGCUAGAAUGACUGUGAAAGAGCUUAGAGAACGCUUGCAGGAAGCAAGUAGUGAUGCGGAGACUUGA